AUGAAGAGAGGAGGACCAGGACCAGAGCACACCAUGAAGAGAGGAGGACCAGGACCAGAGCACACCAUGAAGAGAGGAGGACCAGGACCAGAGCACACCAUGAAGAGAGGAGGACCAGGACCAGAGCACACCAUGAAGAGAGGAGGACCAGGACCAGAGCACACCAUGAAGAGAGGAGGGACCAGGACCAGAGCACACCAUGAAGAGAGGAGGACCAGGACCAGAGCACACCAUGAAGAGAGGAGGACCAGGACCAGAGCACACCAUGAAGAGAGGAGGGACCAGGACCAGAGCACACCAUGA